AUGUCCUCCUCGUCCACCCCAAUAACUCCGCAAGCCUUCGCCGAAGCCUUAAAAUCCCUCCCCCUCUCUUCCCUCUACGCCAAAGUUUCCGAGCUCCGCAACUCCAUCGCCCACCUCCAGCGCUCCAACGACGAGUUGGCCAGGUACAUCGCGGAGAGCUCACCAGACAACCACGAUCAGGACUGCGAGGAUGCCAUCCGGGAGAAUGAGGUCGUUAUUGUGCGCAUGCAGGAGAGGAUUGAUCUUUUGAAGGUCGAGGUGGAGGAGCGGGGCCAGAGAUGGAGUGAGGAAAUGGAUAUGGAUAUGGUCAUGGAUGUGGAUGAUGAGGAUGUGCGUACGAGGACCGGAAGGGAUGAUGCGGGUUUUGGUGUUGGGGCUACUGGUACUGGUUUUACAGGAACAGGAGUGAGGAUGAAUCCCCAUACCACUGAUGUAAAUGGAGAUGCUGGAACGAUGGCGGGAACACCUGCUCAGGCCCCUGGUUCAGAAAACAGCGCUCCACCUGCUGCUAGCGUGGGCCGGACGGCUGAUAGGGGCCAGGUGCAGGGAGGUGAGGGAGGUGAGGGGGGAAUAUAUCUAUAA